UGAAGAGUUUCCAACUAUCGAGGAUCCAAAACAUCAAGUCCUACGAGUCUGGCCAUCGCCCGCGGCUUCCCAAUGAACGUCAUGACUCGAAUGAAUCAGAUCUGUUCAAACGACAUCUAUAUAAUUAGGAGAACCGCAUCAAUGACAAUCAUCAUAAGCCAAAAUUCGUCGACAAAACAUCCCGGCCGAAAGUCAAUAUGUCUGGCUCCCAACUUUUCUGGACGCUCUUGGCGCUUUGCGCCUCUCUUUCAUACGCUCAGGACGCCGGCGGUGACGGGGGCUCUGGCAACGAUAGUGGCGGCGAUGGACCUCCUGCGUAUUAUCACAGAGUCGUUGUUGCCCACGCCGUGCUUGCCAGCGUAUCCUGGGUCGUCUUCUUCCCUCUGGGAGCCGUGCUGAUGCGCAUGAUGUCCGGCCCGAACACCAUCUGGCUCCAUGCUGCCGUUCAAGGAUUCUCGACCAUUGUUUUCACUGCAGCGAUGGGGAUGGGCAUAUGGAUGGCUCGAGUCACAGACAGCUUGAACACCUACCACCCGAUCAUUGGACUGGUCAUAUUCAGUGUCAUCUGGCUCCAGAUAAUUAUGGCUUUUGUUAACCACUUUGUCUUGUUCCAGAAACAUCAACGCCGUACGACUCUGGCCGCUGCACAUAUGUGGCUCGGCCGAAUCCUGAUAACGUUGGGUAUGGUCAAUGGUGGACUGGGUCUGAAGCUUUCUUCGAAUGCCGGAAGCGGAGACUACAUUGCAUAUGGGGUUUUCAGCGGAGUCAUUUGGUUGGCAUAUGUUUGUGUGAUAACCUACUUCGAGAUCAGAGCACCUCGCGAGGGUCCAGGACAUCCGGGUGUAUUGGAGAAGCGGCGAGUGCUGAAUGGUAGCGACGAUUCUGAGAACGGUCAAGGUUCAUAUGAGUCACACGAAGGUCGUUAUACCACAAGAGCUUAG